UUUUCUUUUCGAUCUUUUUUUCCACGCCCUUAGAUUUACUUCAUCUAUCCAUCAUCCACCGUCCACUCCCUUAGUAAAGGAAGCAUUAAAGUUGCAAUAAACGAUUACAUUGUUGUAAUAAUAUAAAAAGACUUCUCCCAUCCGUCGCCAGCCGCGCGGGGUAGACCACGAGAUGUGUUCCCUCGAGAGACGUGACCGCGUCUUCCUUCUCUCCAUCACCGGUGACGGCCAGCACCGCCUUAACGCCGACACGAUCGCCUCUCUCCGAUCCUCUCUCGCCGAGAUCCGUUCGCAAGUCGCCGCCGCCCCCGGCGGCUACUCCCUCGUCACCGCUGCCGAAGGGCGCUUCUUCUCCAACGGCUUCGAUCUCGCUUGGGCCAACGAAGCGGGAACCCCCUCGGGCUCCCGACAGCGCCUCUCCUCCCUCGUCGCCCUCUUCAAGCCGGUGGUGGCCGACCUCCUCUCCCUCCCGAUGCCCACCGUCGCCGCCGUGACCGGCCACGCCGCCGCCGCCGGGUUCAUGCUCGCGAUCAGCCACGACUACGCCGUGAUGCGGGGGGAUCGCGGCGUCCUGUACAUGAGCGAGCUCGACAUCGGGCUCUCCUUCCCGGACUACUUCAUGUCGCUGAUGCGGGCGAAGAUCGCCGAUCCGCGUACGCUGAGAGACGUGACCCUGCGGGCGAAGAAAUUCUCGGCUGCGGAGGCGGAGGCGAGGGGGAUCGUCGACUCGGUGCACGGCAGCGCGGCCGAGACGGUGGAGGCGGCGUUGCGGCUGGCGAAGGAACUGGCGGCGCGGAACUGGGACGGCGGGGUCUACGCGUCGAUACGGAUGGGGGCGUUCCCGGAGGCCUGCGCUGCGGUGGGAUUGGCGGAGCACGACGACGAGGAGAAGAGGAAGACCUUCGUCUCCAAGCUCUAAGGUGCGCCGGAUUAGGGUUCGUGGUCCCCUACUUCGAUCGUAACAUUGUUAAUGGGGCCGUAUGGAUAAAGAAUGAAUGGCGUUUGGAUCUGACACCUGAGAAUAAAUGGAGAUAUAAUAAAUUUGCGACUUUCCCCGUAA